AUGCGCGACACAUGGACAACGUGGAUCUGCGGACUACGCUCAUCCCACGGUGGUGCAAUGCACAACGCACGGACCUGGAGCAGUGGCUUAUCGGAGACGGUACAUCAAAUAUGUGGCUCGUCCAACGGCCGCAAGCCCAAGGCCUUCACCUACAACGUGAAGGUGGAUGAUUGGCGGCUCAACGCGAGCGUGUUGGUGAGGGUGACGUUGGAGGGGCCGACGGUUCUGGCUACGGUGUCGCUGACGGUUAUAUCGUCGGUGAAGGAGGUGCAAGACUACUUCGCCGGCACCUCCUCAGAACCCUACCUAAAUCAUCGAGCUCCACUCACCCCGCCACCACUCAUGGCGGUGAUCACUCCGCGCCUCAUCCGACUCCGCCCGGCGCACGGCCACCACCAGUAUCCUCUCCGCCAUUUCUCCUCCUCCUCCUCCUCCGACACUGACCUUCCCUCCGAGCCCAAACCCGAACAUCAACCCGGAUCGCCACCCAAACCCUCGCUCUCCUCUUACCUGAGCGACGUCAAAGCCUCUCUCCAACGGGAACCUCAGCCUCAAAGCCGCCCCCAAACGCUCCGCAAACCCCUCUCGUUUUCCAACUCGCCGCAUCCCUCUUCUCCUACUCCUCAGAGCACACCCCCGUCGAGAGUUGCCUAUCUGGAAGAAAUCCGUCGCAACCUCUCCGAAUUUCGCAGCCGCUCCGCACCGUCGCCACCACCAUCGUCCUCAAACACCGCCUCCGCCUCCGGUCCGUCCGUAUCUCUCCAAGAGCUCUACAACCGGCACGCGAUUCCCAACACCGCGGACUCCGACGGGGUAAAACCUCCCACAGGCUCCAUUUUUGCACCCAUACGCGAGAGCCUCCGCCAUCUUCGAUCCUCCUCUCCUGGGACGGAUCAACUGUCACUGUCUCGUUUCAAGGAAAGCCUCAAGCUGAGGCCCGGUGAGAAGGCAGACCAUGAAUUCCCAAUCAGCGGGGUUAGUGAUGGUCUGGCCUCUUUCACCCAGCAGUUGGCGAGCAAGAGCGGGGAAGAUGAUGAAACUAUGAGGACCCAGUUUGUCAAGAUGUACAAUUAUUCAGAGCUCGGGGCCAAGCUACAGAUGUUGAGACCGGAGAAGAAGAAGGGGAGCUGGUUCUCCUUGCAUGAGUUGAACGAGAGGCUUGCCAAGCUGAGGGAGAUUGAGAAGAAGGACAAUACAGAGAUCGUAGGCAUCCCCUUAUCGGAAUUAAGAGAUGUGGUUUCCAAGAUGGAUGGCAAGAAGAAGGGAAAUGAGAUGUUCUCUGCUGUUGAUUUUGCAUUUCGUGCGUCAAACUUGUUGAUAUCACUCCUGUGCCAUUCUGUUUCAGCACAGACACUUGAUAUUCUGGGUCACAUAGGUGGGACACCGAGCUACAUGAUGCAUCCUCCAAAGGACCACUUAAUUGAGAAGGCAAGUUAUUUUCAUCCGGACAACAUGUCGUCUGCUGAGAAACUGAAGCUGGAGCUGAAGAAAGUAAGAGACGAAUACAAAAUUUCAGAGUCGGAUUGUGGUUCUGCUCGUGUUCAGGUAGCUCAGCUGAGUACAAAGAUUACACAUCUCGGAAAUGUUCUAUCGAAAAAGGACAAGCAUUCUCUGCAUGGCCUACAUUUGAUGGUAGAGAGAAGGAAGAAGCUGAUGAAGUACUUGCGAAAAACGGAUUUUGAUUCGUUCUGCCUCCUCAUGUCAAGGUUCAACAUUCGUCUCGUCACAAACACCAAAAGCUUAGACGUGCGCCAUAAGAAGAAGCUAAAGAAGAAGCAGCCUCGGAAAUAAGACACUUGUUUUUGUGGUCCUAUUCCUCUAGUAAUAAAGCUUAAAGUUUUUCCAUUGCUACUCCUGUGCUUUUAGGGCGGGCCAUGCUUAUAGUCAUUUGAACGGCGUAGUUUAUAUCGACUCUGUUUUUGUCAAUUGAAGAAAAUCGAUUGUGUUUUAGGAUGCAGCAACUUUUGUAUCUUUGCAGAGGCAAUGAUGUAAUCUUCUUAUUUUAUUUUAUUGUAUUGUAUUUAUUUGUCCUAACUUUUAUGUCUUCAAAACUUUGUCUGUUUGAUGCCAUUCUUAGCUUUUCCUUUCUGUAACUGAUGUGUCCUUCCGGCAGGACUUGAGAUAUGGUUUAUGUUUUGCUUUAGGAAAUGUUUUGGAGAUAAUUAAAGACAAAUGUUGAUUAUAUUUGGUUUUAUUAUAAC